ACAGCUUCUAUUUUGCGUGGGUUGCGUCUCUGCGUUGCGUGUGGGUGUUGACGUUUCGCAACAUUUUAUGAAUCGGCAUUGGCGUUUAUUUAUUUAUUUUCUCUGAAGUCGGUGUUGCAGCUGGGGACGUAGUAUCGUGUGUCCAUCGGACGGUGCUCGCAGCCGGCGACGCCGUUCUCUGCACGGUGUGGCUUUCCUGGUUUUCCCGUUUCCUAACCGGAAGCUUCUCGACGAAGACGCGAUGCCGUGAAAGCAGGGGACGAUGGGUCUGGCCAAGCUUUACCGCGCGGUUUCCCGGCUUAGCCAGCCGUUCAAGUUCCUGGCACACCUCUCGCUGUGUGGCUACGUCAGCGGACUGCUUUGCCUUCUCUCCGGAAGCCUCCUGCUCGCUUUUUUCGGCUCCAACAUCAGAGAGGAAAAGGCUGUCAAACGGAUUCCAACAUGGAUGGGUAUCAUUGCCACUGGAAGCGGCGUCAUGCUUCUCUUCGUGGCCGUCAUCCUGACCAUCCUGCUCUGCAAGCUCGCUCACCAGCACUCUGCCAGACAGGGCCACCAAAGCUCCCUGAUGGAACGCUUUCCCUCGCAGCCGGGUUUGUACCCGGUUCAACCGUCGCCCAAUCAGGUGCGUGCCGUCACGCCGGGACAACCAGGAAGCCCCGAAACUGAGAAGUUGACGUAAACUCAACACUGCAACGACCCCUGGAUUCGAGUCACCGCAGCCAGCAUGCGGGAUCUGUUUGCCGUGUACGAUGCGGUCGCGACAGCUCCUUGCUUCUGCGUUGACAACACCUGUCGACAUAACCUGUCUCGUUGGCAAGUGAUGGACUCGACGGCAGUUCCAAUCGCGCUUCUCGUGUCAUGCAAGAGGUGCAGUUGACAUGGUGCAUCCCUCUUAUCUGCACGUCGGAAAUGGAGGCACCUGUUGAAGCAACCAGUUUCUGGUGUUAACAAUUCUGGAACCCCCAGGGCGCAAACAACGGAUGGAAGUGGCAGCGUUUUGUACCGCUUUGCGAAGGAAAGGGCUCGUUUCUGCCUAAGUGGUAGGUUUGCACAUUGGAGCUGCCACUUGACGAUUUCGUUGUCUGCAGUCUGACAGCUUCAGAAAUGCAAGGCAUAGCCUGGUAUUGUGUUCACGCUUCUCGCUUCGUGGUUUGUUCUUCCGCGUUCUUGUCGGCUAAUGUCACGGCCUCGUCGGCAACGGAGCGACAGUGAGACGCUAGGAACUCGCCGUGCCCUGCAUUUUUUAGGCUCUCGGCGGCCGUGGUGGGCGACGCUGGUCUGGCAACCCCUCUCUCUUCUUCACCUUGCAUCGAGAUUUCUUUUUCUAGCUUUUUUCUUGACGCAUUCUUCGGAAGAGUCUAACCUUUGAGCUCAAGACCAGCCGAAAACAAGCUUAUUGCUUGGUUUGAAAGUUGAAACAUUCCACAUAUAGGAGACCUCGACUAUGCUCCCCAAAAACCACCUGCUCAAUGCCUCAGAAAUCUGUGUAGGAAUCGCGUCCGAGAGUUUUCUGUACCUCCUCCGGAAGUGCUCCGUGACGUUGUACGUCGAAUGUUACACGGCUGAUUGCAUCAUGUUUCACAUUGUAGGUCGUCUCGACAUCACGCAGGUGGCAAUGUGAAAAUGAGAUUAGCAGAAUUCUCAGCUUCGAUAGACUCUUUUAAGAUGAAAAUAUUGCUGCUUUGCUAACUUGUCGAAACCGUGAUAAAAAUGUUCUUUUUGGCGGAGUAGCCCUUUUGCGUUUGAGAAGUUUCUAUAUGUAAGUACAAAACAAUCAAAAGUAUGCAGAUGAAUGAAGCGUACUUGAUCGAAUCAAUCAAAGUUUGCGGAGCUUCCGAAAGACGAAACAUAUGGCGGAGCCGGGAUUUGAACCCUGGGCCUCCGAAUGUUUGGUGGGUGUGCUAACAUAGGAGUGGUUAGCACACCCGAACAGAUAUUGGGAGGCUCGGUGUUCGAAUCUUGGCUCUGCCAAAUAUUUUGUCUUUUGGCAGCUUUGUAAACUUUUGAUUAAUUCGAUCAAGUACGGUUCAUUCAUCUGCAUAUUUUCGAUUAUUUCCUCUUUGGAGACCACAUACAAUGAUGAAAGUGCCCGUGAUGUGUACGAACAAUAUGCAGAGCUUCAUUCUUCUGAUUUGAGUUUUCGUCUGUUGUUUAGGCAGGCUUCUGGUCUAUGACUUUCAUAGUUUUAUUCCGAAAUAGGCUGUAGAGAAUGCGUUUCUUCUCCACUUCUCCUCCGGCUGGCAUAUCUGCACGUGCUGCAUUUGUGUUCAGACUCGGUUGCCAUCACAUUUCUACUUGCCAUCUUGAGUUCUCCCCGACAAGAUGACCUCGUCGAAUGGAGGUGUUGGAACUGUUUAGCCAUCAAUUUGUAGUUUAGUGUGCGGUGUUGUUAGUGAAACACAAGAUAGCUCGAGCGUGGUGCUUGGGAUUCACUCCCUAUUUGCUUCAGUCUUAAGACAGGGGUGCAACAUACUCUUUCGCAACUUGUCUUGGGAAAACUGUUGGAAAGAAGUCGUCUGCUUCAUGUGCAAGGGUUGCGGUGACGUCAGAACGAUGCCGAGCUCUCAUUGGCUUUGAUUGGUAGAAUAAUGGGUAGGCCUCUAUGCUAGAUGCCUUGGGGUCUACCCACUAUUUUUUUCAAUCAGCCAAUAAGAGCUCGGCGUUCUGACAUCAUCGCAACCCCUGUGCAAGAAGUAGACGAACUUACUUUCUGCAUUGAUAUUGGAGAACCCUGUGGUUGGGGCCCUGAAUGAAAGACUUGGGGAGCGUGUUUCGUUGGGGGAGGCGGAACCUUCUGUUCUUGUAGAUAAGGAAAGAUUGAAAGCUCCUUUUGAAAUGUUCCUUGUGGAGAUGUUCAGCUUUACUCACUUCAUGUGCCGAUGUAGUGGCGGCACCGAGAUAACGCCUACAAAUUGCGUCCUCAUCAUACAAGUAGGUAGGCGUGAUACUUUGUUAUUAUUGCAGAAGGUGCGCUGAAGUCCACUCAUCAGACUCACUGUUACUGAUAGAUCACACCCAUCCCCAAAGUAUGUGUACAAUGCUUUUAUUUUCUAGACUGUCGCACGAUCUAUACAAAGUUGGGCAUCCAUUUUUGUCCAGUGUACUUUAUUACUGUCACUGCACUUUCUAGUCUGUAUCCAUCUUGUGACGACAUCCUCACAUUGUAUUGUGAGAUUGUGAUGCUUUUAACUUACCUUUUUCCCUUGUGAAGACGAACAAACAGCCUGUGUGUUGCCAGGGUUGCUCCCACUAACCUGAUGCGAUUCAUUUUGUACAUUAUAAUCUUGUUUGUAAGGAGGGCAGCACAGGAGAAGCCAUCUGACACUGAACCUCUUCAUUUCAGCGUGCUCAAAUCAUCUCAAACCUGUAUCGUUUUAAGAGAGGGGAAUCACACUACUUCUAAGCUGUUUCUUUGGAUUAACUUGGAAAAUAUUUUGCCAGUACCUCAGAGGCUGACAAAUGGUGUGUUACUACCAUAGGUUUUUCACAUUGCGGCAUUUAUUUUUGUUAUAUAUGGUUUGGCAUAAUGAGUUUGGGCUUAUUUCGCUGAAGGACUAAUCGGCAUUGUUAUUCCGGCAUGCAUUUAGGUGCAAUGCUUAAUUUUUGAGAGAAAAUACAACUUUCUUCUGCAUGUUUAUUUAUUUCCUUAGCCCUGAGGACUGCGUGGCGAGCCACAAUUGUGACAGUAUGUUGUGGCAGUUGCAUUUGGUUCUAGUAAUGCCCUGAUCAGACAGAGCCGCAGUUGCAGCCGCUGCUUUUGAAGGUCACGCAGGUUGUGAGUCUAGUAAUUCUCGGGGCUUGGGGAACGGCUAAAAACACAUGAGAGCGCAGUUGCGUUGACCCAAAAUUAUGAGCAGCACACCAAAACACACUCUAAAACUCACAGUGCACAUCACUUGGGGAACGAGUAGAUGGCUUGCUCACACGUUUCAACUCCCAUGUUCUGUCUGUUGCUGUAAUGUCAAUAUUGUUUUCCCUUUGGAGUGAUUAGGGAAUUUUAUGUUUGCAUGGCUUUUGCUCAGGAAUUAAAACCAAAUUCAGCUCUUGUAUUUCAAAUAAUUGCUCUGUUGAUAAGGUAUUAAUAAGCAACAGGUGUCACUAUACCUUGGAGAUAUGACACGAGUUAGCGAGGUUCACUUCUCCUUUUUCUCAUCUGAACAGUGUCCUCAUUUAUGGGGAAGCCUCGGAAGCAAACAGUCGUGGAACCUUAGAUCGGGAACUAAGAUUUCAUUGGCGUCACGUGUACCAAACUAUUUGUGUGGCUGUCAUUUUCUCUUGUUGCAUUAAUGUUUCUUAUACAAGUGUUUGGAUAUGCUACCAGUGUCACCCGAUACAUCAUUGAAAAUGUUGCCCACAAUAAGGUCCUGCAUAUUUUUAAAAGGUUUGCUGUUCUCUGACUUUCGGGAAUAUGUGGUGGUAAGUUUUUGUGUUCGUUGUAAAUAAACUUAUCCAAUUGAUUA